AUGGCUUCCACUGAUCUGAACAGGACGCAGACAGCGCCCGAAAAUCGCUCCAGACGCCCGGCCCGCAUUUCUCUGAGCCGAGCAAAGUCGACUCCCGAGGAUGUUCCACAUCAGUUGUUUUCACCGCAGUUCAUGGAUGACCACGGGUCGCAUCAUUAUCAUGUUUCGGCGACGAGAGAUGACCGAGUCGAUAACGAUAUCGACGCCGACGCCGACAUGGACGCACCAGAGUCGCCACUUAGUAGUGAUGACACAAUAUCAGGAAGCACUGCGGGCGAGUCGCACGAGGAAGAGGUCAGGUUCGGCGUGGUGAAUUCUCGCGAUCUAGAAGCUGGAUCCGCUCGUCCUGGCUUGAGAUCCGAAAAGUCAACCAGAUCGCUCAAGGAUCCUAACCUGGUAACAUGGGAAGGACCCGACGACCCUGACAAUCCGAAGAACUGGACAUUCCGCAAGAAGUGGGCUGCAACGCUCAUCGUCUCUUCGUUUACCUUCAUUUCGCCUGUCUCGUCAUCGAUGGUUGCACCAGCCCUGAACAAAAUUGGCCAAGAUCUGGGCAUCACCCAAGAGGUCGAGUUAUCGCUGACACUUUCCAUCUUCGUCCUCGCAUACGCCAUCGGGCCACUGUUCUUAGGCCCUUUGUCGGAGAUGUACGGCCGGGUCAUUGUCCUUCAACUGUCGAACCUCUUCUUCUUGGCCUGGAAUAUUGGGUGCGGUUUUGCCCAGACGCGAAGUCAGCUUAUUGCGUUCCGGUUCUUGAGUGGAUUGGGCGGAAGUGCCCCUCUUGCACUAGGUGGUGGAGUGCUAAGCGACUGCUUCCACGCUGAAGAGCGUGGCAAGGCCAUCAGUAUCUACUCCCUUGCCCCUUUGCUCGGUCCAGCCGUCGGACCCAUCGCAGGUGGAUUUAUCGCGUUGAAGACCACAUGGAGAUGGUGCUUUUGGGCAACUUCGAUUGUGGACGCUGGCAUCCAAGUCCUCGGCCUAAUCUACCUACGAGAAACGUAUGCGCCAAAGCUGUUGAGCGACAGAGCCAAAAACCUAAGGAAGGAGACGGGCAACCCCAACUACCACACUGAAUGGGAAAGUCCUGAAAGGACGCUGGGCAAGGUCCUCCGUGCCAGCCUCAUCCGGCCAUUCCGCCUGCUGGGAACUCAGCCCAUCAUUCAGGCGCUCGCUUUGUACAUGGCGUAUCUGUACGGUCUCAUGUACCUGGUCCUGUCCACCUUUCCCUCCGUCUGGGAAGACGUUUACCAAGAAUCCGUCGGCAUUGGCGGCCUCAACUACAUCUCCCUUGGCGUGGGUUUCUUCCUGGGUACGCAGAUCUGCGCACCCAUCAACGACAGGAUCUACCGCAAAUUGAAGCUUCGGAACAACAACGAGGGGAAACCUGAGUUUCGUGUCCCACUCAUGAUUCCAGGCGCGGUUCUUGUGCCGAUCGGACUGUUUAUAUACGGAUGGAGCGCCAGGAGAAGCGUUCAUUGGAUCGUGCCUAAUAUCGGGGCUGCGAUCUUUGCGGCUGGCACCAUCAUCGGCUUCCAGUGCACGCAGACAUAUAUUGUGGAUGCUUACUCACGGUACGCAGCCUCUGCUGUGGCAGCGGCGGUGGUCCUGCGGAGUUUGGCUGGAUUUGGCUUUCCAUUGUUCGCUCCAUAUAUGUACGAUGCUCUUGGUCUAGAUUGGGGCAACUCAAUGCUCGCUUUCAUUGGUAUCGGUCUCGGUAUCCCCGCACCUCUUCUGCUAUGGAAGUACGGCCCAAUUUUGCGAGCAAAGAGCACGUAUGCUGCUGGGUGA